AUGUCGAGGAAUGCGUACCGUCAUGGGCUUCGACGAUGCGCAUUUACUCGAUUUCUUACCAUGACUGCUGGUCAUGUCAAGCUAGCCAGCCUGUUCUGGGAACUGAAACAGGUCUUGAUCUCAGAUGCUACACGGUAUUACAGCAUUCUUCUCAGCCGCGCUGGAGCCGGUGUUCAGGAGUUCCAGAUGAGACUGUUUGCUGAGCAGCCAACGGCGACCAUCUACAGCUUGGUGUUGGCUGGACACACCACCGUAACACUGGUGGAAAUCAAGAUAGAGGUGGUCAAGCUGCUCGAUACGGCCGUUUCCAAAGGGUUCAACAUAGGUCAGGACCCGACAGACAACCUUCUCGGCAUGGCUGAAGUACCAAGUGCCGGGGAGAACACCGACGUCGAGACGCUCAAGGCCUUCUUCCGAAAUCUCCAAAGACUGCAGGCCCUGGUGCGACUCCUGUAG